AUGUCUUCAACAACUAUUGAGGUUUGUCGCCAAUGUCACGCGCUUGUGAUGGAUUUCCUAGCAAUGAAAGGUCCCUAUCUUGCAAACGGGAAUCGCAAGCUCUCAAGUCCGAUUCCGCUUUUCCACAACGAUACCGAAUUACAUCUGAAAACACAGGCACAGGUGGCCAACACGCUGGAUGUUUUUCACCAAAUGCUGGAACAAUACACUUUGGAGGAGGUUUCCAUAAGCUACAACGGCGGCAAGGACUGUCUGGUGAUGCUUGUGGUGUACUUAGCUGCAAUAUACAACAAGUAUCAACAUCGAUUAUCUGAUCUUCGACAGCCAAUCCAGAGCGUCUACAUCAACGACGACCAAGAGUUCCCCGAACAGGACGACUUUUUAGACACAUCAUCGGCAAAGUAUCAGCUGUCUCUCACAAGAAUCAAAGAUAAUAUGAAAAACGGCUUCAGAACGUAUUUGGACCAAUAUCCGAAAAUAAAAGCCAUAGCCGUUGGGGUCCGCAAAAUCGACCCUUACGCCCAAAAUUUGUCCUACAUGCAGCGGACCGACCAUGGAUGGCCUUCUUUCAUGCGUGUCAAUCCAGUCUUGGACUGGACGUACUGCGAGAUUUGGUAUUUUUUGAAAGCUACAGAUAUCCAGUACUGCACGCUGUACGAUCAGGGAUACACUUCCAUCGGAGGUAUCGAGAAUACUAUACCGAACCCGCUACUCAAACAAGGACCCGUCUACUUACCCGCAUACAUGCUCGACGACGACUGUCACGAGCGACUGAGUAGACGCGGUGCCAGAGACAUGAGCUCUCGAGAAAAAAGACCUGAUGAAAAAUUGUAA